GUUUUUUCAUGGGCUAUUCACACACUCGCAUCGCUGACAAAAAUAGUGUGUAUGUGCGAGCGAUUUUUUUGUCGUGGACCGGUAGCGAUCGGGCCUUGAUGAAACACUUUGUUUGAGUUUAAGAAUCCGUUAGAACUUUUUGAAGGUGCCGAAAACCAACAUUCAUCAUGAAUUUGAUGUUCAGGAAAACCUUCGGCGAGCAAAAGACCGGCACGACGGCAAUCAAGGGCAACAAGUCCAGCGCAGGUCGACAUACGAGCAAAAGAAGCAGAGAACAGGGAUACACGGCAAUGGAGGAGCAUCAUUAUCGCACACAUUUGUUUUUUAGUCCACCUCGUAGUAGUUUCGGUCCCGGUGACGACGAUGAGCCGCGGUGCGGUCCUAUGACGGGGGCGGGGGGCGAGCCGCUGCCGAUGCAGUCGACGAUCUCUCCUGCAAUGACGGAGUCCGACCUGCCUCAGCCUCUGGUGGUAAGGAGCCCUUCGGUAUCCCUGAUGAAGUGGCCCAGUCAAUCGCCGACGAAAACAACACCCACGCGACAGGUCAACUUCAAUUAUGGAAACGAGGGGAGCCAUGCAGAUACUCAACGAACGCUCUCUGGCUUGGAUAGGGACUGUUUUAUUAUCCCAGUUCACAGUCUGGAUAGGUUCCUUCCUGCGGGAGUCCCAAUGCCAAAACCAGUAAAUAACAACUCCUUGGAGAAAAGGGGAAAUCUUCACGUUAUGGAGGUACCAGACCCGAAAUUAUGUGUCUUAUGCCAUUUAAUGAGUCCCUUGGAACCAGUAGAUCCCGUUUUAGAAUCACCUUUAGUCCAACCUUUAUUGAAGCAGAGGGUUAUAGCAGGCGAACUAGUAAACGAUAUAGCACAAGCAAAAACGGCGAUAACUGGAAUGUUACUCGCUAAUAUGGAAAGGAAUGGCGAAUUCCCGUUUAUAACAUAUUAUGUGAUAAAUACGUCACAAACGAAUCCUGUGAUGUUCUACAAUAAUUUACGCACUGCCAGUUUAAGCAAGUUCGAUCCAAGGACAACUAGAUAUACAGCAGCACAUACCUUGGAUCUAUAUACAGAAGUAGCUUCGAUAUGUCGGCCACCAGUACACGAAAUCGGUAUGUCGUUACUAAAAACACAAAGUUCAUCGACUGGUUAUAUGGUAUCAGUCUAUAAAGUCUUUGAAGGAGAUGAUAGGGAGAAGUUUGAACGUAAUUGGCUCUACUGGACAGGUGCACGAAUGAUCUACCGAUAUUUACCACAAGCGGCAGGCUUAAGGCGUAUUUCUCUUCACAAAUCGUUGAGUCCAAAAGGAGACAAGAUGUACAUAUUAUUAUGCGAAUGUGCGAAUUUACUAAGCGAUGUGACUGUUUGUGCUUUAAUUUUACCUGCCCUAAGGGCAAGGUUGACUGGGUAUACGGGAAUUUUUAGACCAUUACAGACUUUUUAAAAAGUGGGUCCAAUUAAGAUAACCUUUUACAUAUCUUAUACAUACAUAUUUAAUAAUCGUUACUACUGGUAGUAAGGUUUCCAAAUCCGAAAGUGAAAAUAGCAAAUCGAUAGUAUGUAUUACAAUCAUUUAGAUAUUUAUAAAAAAUAUUUAAUAUAACCUCAAAAAUAAUUGUUCCUACCAAGAUAUGCUAGAGUGGUAUUUUGCCAGAGAAAUAAAUUAUAUAAGUGGAAAGAAUAAUUGUUAUUUAUAGCUUCAAAAAACUUACUUUGAAUUUCAUAACACUCUUUUCUGAUAAAGCAACAAAACAGAAAAUCGACAAACUUCGAACAUCAAUAAAAAAUAUUGUCGACGAAAUAUAACUAUAUUUUGAUUGCUUUUAUUGGAAAAGUUUUUUUGUUGGUCUGAUGAAAUAUUAGAUAAUAUUGUACAAAUUGAUGUGUUUUCAAUAAAGUAGAAAUGAAUGUUAUUAUUAGAAGCUCAAAGUUUACAAUGCUGCCAUUACAGAUUUUUAGAGUAAUGAUUAAUAUUUACAUUAAAUAUUUGCUGAAACAAAUCAAUAAUACUGCACCUCAGAGCUAAACUGUAUUAACUCACAAAAUUUAAAUUUUACAGGAGUGCAGAUUAAAAGAAAUA